AUGUCAUUUCGUAAAAGAGGUGAAAUACUGAACGAUAGAGGUAGCGGGCUAAGAGGUCCACUGUUAAGAGGUCCUCCACGAACUUCCUCAACGCCAUUGAGGACAGGCAACAGAAGAGCCCCUGGAAAUGUGCCCUUGUCUGACACUACAGCGAGAUUAAAGAAGUUGAAUAUUGCGGACGAAUCCAAGACAAAAAUGGGGCUGGAUAGCUCCCAUGUGGGCGUUAGACCUUCUCCUGCAACCUCUCAGCCGACGACAUCAACUGGGAGUGCUGACCUGGACAGUAUACUAGGCCAUAUGGGGCUGCCGCUGGGAAACUCUGUACUAGUAGAGGAGCAGAGCACGACAGAAUUUCACUCUAUUCUCGGUAAACUGUUUGCCGCACAGGGUAUCGUUCAUAAUAGAAUUUCAGAUAGCAGUGCUGAUAAAACUAGAAACGGCGACACUCAUGUCAUUGUCUUGUCAUUGAACCAAAUGUUUGCAAAGGAGCUACCUGGUAUCUACAAGGGAUCACGUAAACAAAUGAAGAAAAACCUAAUCUCUGAAGAAGAAUCAAAAGUUACUGUUCAAAAUUUGAACGAGACCCAGAGAUCGACGCCUUCCAGGUACAAAGACCUGAAAAUUGCAUGGAAAUAUAAACUGGCAGAUGAAAAGAGAUUGGGUUCUCCGGAUCGAGAUGACAUCCAACAAAAUUCUGAGUACAAGGACUACAAUCAUCAGUUUGAUAUUACAACGCGUCUGAUGCCCGCUCCCAUAGCAUCUGAACUGACAUUUAUCGCCCCAACUCAACCUGUCUCCACUAUUUUGAGCCAAAUAGAACAGACUAUUAAAAGGAAUGACAAGAAACUGAUAAGAAUUGUUAUUCCUUCCCUUCUACAUCCGGCAAUGUAUCCGCCCAAAAUGUUUGAAUCAUCUGAAAUAAUAGGUUUAAUGCACGGUGUGAGGAGUCUUGUCAAGAAAUACUAUGAGCGGGUUGUACUGUUUGCUUCCAUAUCCAUAGACAUUAUCACUCCCCCAUUACUGGUAUUGCUGAGAAACAUGUUCGAUUCUGUUAUCAAUCUAGAACCCUUUAACCAGGAGAUGACUGAGUUCUUAGAACGUGUUUAUAAAUCGCAACCGGGGAAGAUUCAACAUGGGCUAGUCCACAUAUUGAAAUUACCAGUUUUCACGGACCGUGGAGAGAUGAGAGUUUUAAAGUCUGAAUGGGCAUUUAAGAAUGGCAGAAAAAAGUUUGAAAUAGAACAAUGGGGCAUACCCGUGGAUGAUGCUGAAGGUUCAGCUGCCUCGGAACAGUCACAUUCACACUCGCACUCGGAUGAAAUCUCACAUAAUAUACCUGCAAAGAAGACCAAGAUAUCUUUAGACUAUUAA